CAUGACUUCAGGGCCGGUGCUCUACCCACUGCACCACCUAGCUGCCCUUCUACUUUCUUUUGAUCUCUCUAGAGCAUGUCUAAGAGCGGUAUUGCUGGGCCAGAGGGUAAGCAGUUUAGUAAUUUUUUGGACAUAGUUCCAAAUUGCUUUCCAGAAUGCCCAUGCUAAUUUAUAGCUCUGUCAAUAGUUCGUUAGUGUACCUGUUCUCUUGUACCUCAAACAUUUGUCAUUCACCAUUUUUUGGGGUCAAUUUUGCCAGACUCAGAAGAGGGAGAAUCUUGUUGUCGUUGCCAUGAAGUUGCCCUAUUAUGCACUUACACGCUAAAUCUACUGAUAUAAACACAAAAGUCUCAGUCUCCAAGUAUCCACUUAAGGGAUAAAAAUAUUCAGAGGUAAGGACAUACAGAAUAUAUACAAAAUCAAAUGUGUUGAUGGGGGAAGGGGGGUGCGUGAUAUACAACUAGGAAAAUUAGGAAAGGCAUCUUGGAGAGAGUGGUUGGUGUGAACAGGUUACAAUACAUUAAAUGCAAAUAUAUGAGGGAUGUCUACAAGUUAAAAUGGGUAACUCCUGGUGUAGGAAUACUUUGAUAACAGAGAUCAAGACCCUCUGAUUUAGUGGGUAAGUUUUUGGGAGGUGACAAGCAUUUGGGGGUUAAAUGACUUGCUCAAGGUUAUACAAUUACAGUCAGUCAGGAUUUAAACCCAGGUCUUCUCAACUUUUAAGCCCUUCCCUCUGUGUACUGUAUGAUGCUGCUUUCCUGCAACAAAUUACUAACAAAAAAUUGUGUAGGAAAAACUAUACAAGUGUAGGCAAUAUACCAAUUUUCAUACCAGAAAUGGCAUCCUUCCAGCAAAAAAGGACUCAGAAAAUACAGAUGUGACAUCACAGAGAAGGAUCUCUCAGAGGAGCCAGCCUUUAGAUACCACCACUCAGCAAAGCCCUAUCUGACAGACUGCAGGCAGCAAACUUGCCCUGCUCAUUUCAGCAACUCCUGGGAGGCUGGCUUUCUUGAGAAGUAACUGGGGAGAGGGGAGGGAGGAAUCAGUACUGCAGUGAUAACCCAAGAGGGCAGCACCUGUCAUCUGCAAUAUCACGUGCCUGUGAGAGAAUCAAGGUAGGCAAUACAAACACAAGGUAUAGCAUAGAAGCAGAGCCAUUUCUGCAGAAUCUCCUCCAGACAGGUUUCCUGGAGAGAUGGGGAAGGCUGACUUAGGCUCUAUCUGGCUUUAUUCAGUUUUUGCAAAUAUCAGUCAAGGCUUCUAACUUCAGAACCACCUGGGCCUUGGAGAUCAUGGAGUCCAAUCUCUUCAAUUUAGAAGAGAGCAACUAAAGCCUAGAGUGGUUAUUUGCCUGAGAUUGCUGAUUGUGCUGAUCCUAUCUUUUAAACUACCUGAGGGUAUGGAGUAGAGAGAGCUUUCCAUCUUCAUAUUUGAAAACCCAGAUUCCCACACAAACCACUUGCUCUCUUUGGGUCAUUUUCAUCAUCAUGGCUCACAUUCAUAUAAUGCAUUAAGAUCCCCAGAACCUUUUACAAAUCAACCUACUUGAUCAUUGUAACAGCUCCAUUUCUAGAGUGUUUCACAGCUUAGGAAGACUUCCUAGAGGUAUGCGGUAAAAGUAUUACUUUCCUUUUACAGCCGGGGAAACUGAGACUGAGAGGUUAAGUGACUUGUUCAAAGUGGCUCAUUUCCUAGACGAGCAGCCAGGAAGUUCACUGAUGUCCCCCUAUUCGGCUGAAAUCAAAACUACAAAUGGCCAGAAGGCUCCAUCAAAUAAACGAAUACCCUAGGUCUCACUACCAAACUUAUGGGAAGCUUAAGUUAGGUAGCAAAGCAGAGAAAGCGCUGGGCCUGGGGUCAGUAAGACCUUGAGUAUACCUCAGCUUCCUCUUCUGUCUCCUAGGGUUCUUAUGAGAAUCAAAUGAGAGGUUCGGCACAGUGCUUGGUACACAAUAAGUGUUACAUCACUGAUGCUAUGAACUCCCUCUCCUAUAGUGCUUUCACCACAACCUUGGAACGUGGGAGUGUAAUCACAGUCAUCCCCUAUAGAGAGGGAAUUGGUUCAGAGGCAAAGUGACUCGCUCAGGGUCACAAAUGGAAAAAGCUGCCCAAGUCCCCCAACUCCAAGACCGAUGUCCUAGGCAAAAGCCCUUCUCUAGAGCGUGUGGACGGCGCAAUUAAAACUAGACCUUUAGACUCCUUCUUCCUGAAUUCUACCCCACCCCCAGUCGUAGGUUUCGCCACACUCAAGAUGGCGGCGCGACGACUACGAGGGCCCUCAAAGGCGGUGCCCGCGCACGCGCAACGGCACCCUCCCUCCCCGGCCGGGACACAAGAUGGCGGCGGAGGCGCUGGGGAGGGCGAGGCGGAGGCGGCCAAACGGGCUGCUCGGGAGAGUGUGUAGUCGUGUCCCCCCGAGUCCGCUCCGGGCAGCUGCAGGUCUGACGAUGCCCCUGGUACUUUGCCCAAGCCACUGCUGACCUGUCCACCCACCCACUCACCAGUGCCCAGCCGUACCUAGCAUUUGCCUCUGGCCACCCCUGGGGUAAUCCCGCAGUGACUCCAGAGAAGCAAGGGUUGGUGAAGGUCUGGAGGUGCCUUCUUUUCGUGCUAAUGCUGCAGACCCCAGAGGGUCUCAUGCUGUUGCUGAGAGAUGGCCAAUGAGAACCACGGCAGUCCCAGAGAGGAAGCAUCUCUGUUGAGUCACUCCCCAGGCACCUCUAAUCAAAGCCAGCCUAGUUCCCCCAAGCCCAUCCGACUGGUACAAGACCUUCCAGAUGAACUGGUACAGGCUGGCUGGGAGAAGUGUUGGAGCAGACGAGAAAAUCGCCCUUACUACUUCAAUCGAUUCACCAAUCAGUCCCUGUGGGAGAUGCCAGUCUUGGGGCAGCAUGAUGUCAUUUCGGACCCUUUGGGGCUGAAUGCGGCUCCGAUGCCCCCAGACGCUGGAGUGGUGGAAACACCCGUGGAGAACAAGCCCAGGAAAAGGAGGCUUUCAGAGGAGCAGCCCAGUGGCAACAUCGUAAAGAAGCCCAAGGUUGAAGUUCCAGGGACUCCUGCCCAGUCUGUACCCAGCUCCCCUAGUGUUCCUGGGACACCAACCAUGAAGAUAUGGGGCACAUCCCCUGAAGACAAACAGCAGGCAGCUCUCCUUCGGCCCACCGAGGUGUACUGGGACCUGGACAUCCAGACAAAUGCAGUGAUCAAGCAGCGGGGGCCUUCUGAGGUCCUGCCCCCACACCCUGAAGUGGAGCUGCUCCGCUCCCAGCUUAUUCUAAAGCUUCGCCAACAUUACCGGGAGCUGUGCCAGCAGCGUGAAGGAAUUGAGCCCCCGAGGGAGUCCUUUAAUCGCUGGAUGCUUGAGCGCAAGGUGGUGGAUAAAGGGCCUGACCCUUUGUUGCCAAGCAACUGUGAACCAGUUGUGUCUCCUUCCAUGUUUCGAGAAAUCAUGAACGACAUUCCCAUCAGGUUAUCCCGAAUCAAGUUCCGGGAAGAAGCCAAGCGGUUGCUCUUCAAAUAUGCAGAAGCUGCCAAGCGACUUAUUGAAUCCAGGAGCGCAUCCCCAGAUAGCAGGAAGGUAGUGAAGUGGAAUGUGGAAGAUACUUUCAGCUGGUUACGGAAGGACCACUCAGCUUCCAAGGAUGACUAUAUGGACCGUCUGGAGCACUUAAGAAAGCAGUGUGGCCCCCAUGUGUCAGCUGCGGCAAAAGACUCAGUGGAGGGUAUAUGUAGCAAGAUCUACCACAUUUCCCUGGAGUACGUCAAACGAAUCCGGGAGAAGCAUCUUGCCAUCCUCAAGGAGAACAACAUCCCGGAGGAGGCAGAGGCAGCAGAAGUGGAGCAGCGACUUGUCUAUUGCUAUCCGGUACGGCUGGCCGUGCCCUCACCUCCCCUGCCCAGUGUGGAGAUGCACAUGGAGAACAACGUGGCCUGCGUGCGCUACAAGGGGGAGAUGGUCAAAGUCAGUCGUAACUUCUUCAGCAAACUGUGGCUCCUCUAUCGCUACAGCUGCAUUGAUGAUUCGGCUUUUGAGAGAUUCCUGCCCCGGGUCUGGUGUCUUCUCCGACGUUAUCAGAUGAUGUUCGGGGUGGGACUGUAUGAGGGGACAGGCCUGCAGGGCUCACUCCCAGUACAUGUCUUCGAAGCUCUACACCGACUCUUUGGCGUCAGCUUUGAAUGUUUUGCCUCCCCCCUCAACUGCUACUUCCGUCAGUACUGCUCUGCCUUCCCAGACACCGAUGGCUACUUUGGUUCCCGAGGGCCCUGCCUGGACUUCUGCCCACUGAGUGGCUCCUUUGAGGCAAACCCUCCAUUCUGUGAGGAGCUGAUGGACGCUAUGGUGUCUCACUUUGAGAAGCUGUUGGAGAGCUCCCCAGAGCCCCUGUCCUUCAUUGUUUUCAUCCCGGAGUGGCGGGACCCCCCCACACCAGCACUAACCCGAAUGGAGCGGAGCCGUUUUAAGCGCCACCAACUGGUGCUGCCUGCCUUUGACCACGAGUAUCGAAGUGGCUCCCAGCACAUCUGCAAGAAGGAAGAGCUCUACUACAAGGCUGUGCACAACACAGCUGUGCUGUUCCUACAGAAUGAUCCUGGCUUUGCCAAGUGGGAGCCGACACCAGCAAGGCUGCAGGAGCUGACCACAGCCUACCGGCAGUCUGGCCGAAGUCAUGGCUCCAGUUCAGGGAGCACUUCCUCUUCCUCUGAGGCCAAGGACCGUGACUCUGGCAGGGAGCAGAGCACCAGCCGAGAGUCAAAUCCUACUUAGCAGGCAGUGCAAAAGAGGGCUGUUGAGCUGUGGGGGUUCAGGCCUCUCUUUCUUACCUGACCCUAGCCCCGGCCCCAAGAACAAGAUACCAUCAUCCUUUAUGGGGCAGCAGAAGGGUCAAGGCUGCCACUGACAUAGGAAGAAUGUGGGCCUCUAUGGCUCUCACACACAUAUCCUUCUCCCCCAAUUUCCUUUAAAACCUCAUGCUCACUCCACGUCCCUUGUGAAUAGUCCCACAUCCUCCCUGUCCUGUUGCUAACGCUGUUUCACAUGUAAAAGAAAAUACAGAAAAGCCCCAAGACUGUGUGAGGGUUCUGGAAGGAGGAGGGGCUUUCCAGGCCCCGUUCCUGGGAGCCCACAUCCAGGCCCAAUCAUGGUUGCUGCCUUUUCCUAUGCCACUUCAUACCAGUGAGAUGUUCUCACUGCACAUACAACAUUGUCCCUUUUUUCUCUUAUACACCCACUAGCUGCAGGUCAGGGGGGAGUCCUCAGGGCCUUCCAUGUGUUUUAGUGAACAAGCCGUAGGUGCAGUGGUUCUGGCUUUUAGGGCCCUGUGUUCUCGAGGACACAGAUUCACACAACUCCUUGACCAGCCUUGGAGUGAGUCUUAUGGGCAGGGGGCAGAAACCAAAUCAGGCCAGGAACCAGAUUCAUCUUCCUCUUGGGUUCUUCCUUGGAAGGGUUUUUAGUAGGGCCAGUUGAACCCUUACAUGUUAUAUAAGAGCUAAUAGGCCCAGUCUGGUCUUUCAUUGAUCUGAGUAGUCUUACCCAUUGUGUAUAGGGACCUUUGAAUGAGCCUACCCCAUACCACCCAAAACUUGUCAAUUAGGGUUCCUUAGGCCUGUGGAUUAUCAACUUCUUCUGGUGUCCCCAAGGACUAACUGGCAGGAGUUCGAGAAAGCCUUUAAAGGGCAAAGGGACCAUAGUCUAGAAAUGCAUGAUUCUAGAAUUCGAAAGUAAUUCAGUAAUAAUCUUCAACUCGAGCAUGACAACAAGCUCUGAUACUACCUGUGA